AUGGAUCCCGACGCCGCGCGCGCUCCGGCGGGAGCCGACGCGGCCGCGGCCGAGAAGGAGGAGACGCUCCGGCGCCUGGAGAGCGAGGUGGCGCUGUGGGGGUCGGCCUGCUCUACCAGCGACGCCAUGAUCGGGCGUUGGGUCGACGAACUCGGGAUGGUCGAGGUGGCGCUGGCGCGCGGGGCGUUCCGCGACACGAUCGGCGUCCAGAAGGUGCGAAUGCGGCGCAGGCGGCCACCGGAGUUAGCCGCGGACGGGCGAGCCUCGCUGGCGGCACCGCCGCCAGUCCCGGCCUUGCCGCCGCGCCUGAGAGACGCGAACGCGUCGUUCGCUGACCGCGCUCCCAUGCCGUAUCGCUGA